CUGCUACCAUGUUACACUCUGAUAGAUUAACAAUAAAAAUAAAAUAUUUAAGCAUAAAUAAAAGAACCCUUCAAAAACGAUGACGCUAAUAAUCAAAGACAUACCGAGCGAGCUAUUAUACGACGAGCUGUACGACUACUUCUCAGAAUAUGGCAGGAUAAACGAUUUUAGAAUCAAAUACAACUACGGGUACCUGUGCUACAACAAUUCGGACGUGGAACGCAGAGUGUUCAGUACGUACCACAAAAUAUCGGGAUACAAACUGAAUGUGGACAAGGCGGGACAGGGCGAUGUGGUGGACAGGUGUCUGCGCUGUCCGAUGCACUGUGGUGGUAGGGACCGUGAGUUCGUGCACAGCAAGACCGAUGAUAGAUACCACGAGAGGGUGCAGCGCAACGGACACCCCCUAGACAAGUUCAAGGUGGUACUCGACAACAUCCCGGAGUGCAAUGUGAUCGAGCUCAAGGACUUCGUGCGCACGUUCCGUCUAGACCCUGUUUACGCACGCAUCACGCAGUCUGGUCAGCAUGGAAUCGUUGAGUUCGGUUCAAUUGAGGCGAAAGAGGAUGCACUCAGAAUACUUGACAAUGUUACGUUCAAAAACAUGCAGAUCGGAUGCAGGCCGUACUACACCAGGGAACGGAAGAACUUUGAUGACGAGGGGUACAAGCGUAGGGAUUACCAUGCACAGGACGGACAGCACAUGAAGGAUGGGAUGGGUGAGAAAGGCCUUCCAAUGGAAAAGGAGGAGCUGUGUGAGGAUUUGAAGGGAUGGAAUGAGAGCAUCAUUGAUAACAGCAAGAAAUAAAUUUGGUUUUAAUUACGGGCAAUCACGCGAUUCAUUUUGUUUUGCCACAAGUACGUUUGUUUGUGUC